AUGACGGAGAGUCGCUGGAUCACAGAGGCCCUCGUGCAGUUCUCCGCGUCGCCCGUAUGGCUGACCCCAAUCGACAACUUUCUCGACGGGAACUGCUGCAUUUUUAGGAACGAGUCGGAGAUGCAGUUGGAGUACACAAUCGUGCACAACAAAUUCAAGGAACUCGUUGACUCCCUGCUGACGUCCUUCUUGACGGAGCUGGGGGUGCCGAUGGGGGCGGCUGUGGAGGCCCUGCAGAGCUCCCUUGCGUCAAGUAAGGAGACGUCCGACAGCCGCUCCGAACGACAAGCAGCAAACAAACUGCUGAAACAGAUCCUCAAUGCCGACAACUUCUCGUACUUUUACACGAUGAUGGUGAAACGCAACUUGGAGCUGGAUAUUUUGGCAAGCGCUGCUUUGUGUUCGCAGGGUGUGUGUGUGGACGGCGGUGCAGCUCCGGCAGCGGAGAUGGGCGACAGUAAAACCUCGGCUCCGGCUCACGUGCAGCGCGCCAUCGACGCCAACGGCGGCGCAGAUGAGGAGGAUGCGCUGCGACGCGCCAUUGAGGUGUCGUUGCACGAUAGCGCUGCACAAGAGCAGCUGCGCGCCUACCACGAGGCGUGCGUACAGGAGGAUGUAAAUAUGCAAGCUGCUGCCAUUGAGCGCCAGGCGAACAGUGAGAAGGCACGACUGGACACUGUCCUGCAGGCGCAGGCUGCGCAGGACCUCUCUAACGUGGAGCACUACCGCCAAGAUCACAUGGACCUCAUUGGCAAGCAGAAGGAAUUGCAAACUGAGCAGUUUUGCAACUACUCGAUGGCGGGAAGGGGACCGAACGUCAACGGAGAGACCGAGCUGUCAAAGGCCGAUUUCAGCUCGCCUGAGGCGCCUCAAGCAAUCCCGGCGCCACCAGCUACUGCCGCGGUGACGCUAGUCUCCACGGCUGCCCAUUUGCCUGUUACCGCCUCCUCUAGCCCGCCUGCCCUGCCUUCUGUUGGUCAGCGUCAGGAUGCACUGCCUGCGAUUCUGUCCAAGGCGGCUACAAGUACCUCACAACCCGCAAUCAGUGCACCUGCACGUCAAGCACACGGCACCGCCUUCUCGGCUACGCCUGUGCCGACACCGGCACCCACGAGGGAGGAACUUGACAAGCGCGCCGAGUACAUGCGAGAGCAGCGUGAAAAGAUUCUUGCCCGCAACCGUGCCUCACGCCAGGAGCAACUCAACACGUUCCUGCAGAACAACAGCUCCUCAACGACCACGUCGUUUUCCGCAGCCGGGGCAGCCGCGGGUGCCGAGCAAUCAGUGACAGUGGAGGUUGCUCGUCGGCUGCGCGGUGACCUAAUAGGUGAAGGCCGUAAAAACAGUAGCUGA